AUGCCGCCGCUUCGCCGAUCCGGCCGCGGCCACCGUUCGCCGCCAUACGGCAAGAACUGUCCGCGAUCUCGUGCGCGGCGGGAUCGGAUCAGGGACGAUGCUGGCGAUCUAGACAGCAACGGCGGCACAACCCUCCCCGACGACGUGCUCUCGGCGGUCUUCGCCAGGUUCUCAGACAAGGCGGACGUCGUCCGGUGCGCGAGCACGUGCCGAGCCUGGGGCCGCGUGGUCACCAAGGAGGCCGCCAUCCUAUCCCACGGCCUGCCACCUCUUCCACGCCUUGCCCUCGGCUUCUUCCACACGAAGCAGCUUCACCGUGCCCCCGCCUCGACGCGGCCGUGCUUCGUCCCGAUGCCUUACGGCACCAGGCUCUUCGGCUUCAGUAAACCCUUAUCCAGCGCGCUUCCGGAGGCUGUCCAUGGAUUCUUCGAGCACGCUCGUCCGGUCGCAUCACGCACCGGCCGCCUCAUCCUCGAGCUCCGGUCUGAGAUGCAUGCCGAUGACCUCAAUCUCUGCGUCUGCAACCCCAUGGCAGGGGACACGGUCGCUCUGCUGCCGCGCCUCUCCGGUGACGACCACCCGGGAUUCUAUGCUUGCACCUUGCUCUGCGGCGACGAUCUCGAUCCACCACGCCUCUCGCGCAGCUUCUUCGUCGUGCUUAUCGUCUACAACCGCCCGACGUACACUGCACUCCGAUCCUACUCCUCGGACAACGGGUGCUGGAGCCGGGAGGUCAAGAGGCCAGGUCCGAGGAUCAAAGACGCUAAGCUCCAAAAGUUUGGCCAGGGCCUUGUGCUCCGCGGUGUGGCCUACUGGCCGCUGAUGCGCACGGUGUUCGCGGUGCGGCUUGACACGCCAGAGCCCAUUGAAGUGUCCAUGCCGCUCGGCGACCUGUCAGAUCAGCCGCAGAAGUACCGUCUGCUAGGUGCCACUCCCGAUGGGAAGCUGACCUUCAUCAGGGCGGGAGUUUCUAGGGAUCGUCUCCUAUGUAUGGCGAUAAGAGUCUUUGAAACCACUCGGGAUGGCAUGUGCUCCGGCAGAUGGGAGAAAAAGGAUGUCUUCGUGUUGACGCAGUUUAAUCAUGUCUCCACCAUUAACCUACGAUGGUUCUGCGAAAGGAGCGGUAUCCUCAUAUUCACCCUUGGCAAUGGAAGCAAUAAUCCAGGGACCUUUGCGCUCAACGUGGAGACACAUGAGAUUGAGAAGGUGGCUAGUGGUGUUCAGUGCAGUUCAUGGAAAAGCUUUGUCGGAUAUGAGAUGGACGGGGCGUCUUACCUCGCAUCAAUAAUGCCUAACAGAGAAUUACUUUGUCCGUAG